AUUAUUUUAGGGACUUUUUUAUUUUCAAUUUUCAAUUUUUGGAUUUAUGGAAGAAUUAUAUAAGAUUUUUGUAGCAACCUUGAGUUCAGAUCCCAAUGUUCGAAAAGAUGCAGAAUCGCAGCUGAAACAUUUUUCUGUAGUUUCAGGCUUUAUUGGUGUGGUACUUGAUGUUAUUACGACAAAUGAUGAUAUUUCUGUAAAACAAGCUGCUUCUAUUUAUUUGAAGAAUAGGAUUGGGCAUGCUUGGGAAGGAAAUAAUUCUGAUUUUAAAAUUUCAGAGAAUGAUAAAGAUCUUUUUAGAAAACGAUUAUUGCCAACAUUAUUGUUGGUUCCUCCAAUAAUACGUUCUCAGAUCGCGUCAAUUAUUGGCAUUAUAUUAUCAUCUGAUUUUCCAGAAAAAUGGCCAGAUUUUAUGGAUAAGGUUAUUCAACUGCUUAAUUCUCAGGAUGUUCAUUGUAUAUAUAUUGGAUUAAUAAGUUUUUUGGAAAUAUCAAAAGUUUACAGAUAUAGAUCUGGAGUUCGAAGAACGCCUUUAGAUAUUAUUAUUCAAAGUGUAUAUCCUCAUUUAAUAGAAAUAGGAAGCAGAGUGGCUGGAGAAAACAAUCCUAUUGCUUUUGAAAUGUUAAAAAUCAUUUUGAAAUGUUAUAAAUUUCAUAUAACGCUUGAGCUUAUUCCUUAUAUUCAGGAGUCAAUUGUUCAAUGGGUUACAUUAUUUUUAUCUGUAAUUGCAAGAGAUUUACCAAUAGAUUUGAUGGAAAAUAAUUUAGAGGAUCGCCAAUCUAGUCCUUGGUGGAAAGCUAAAAAAUGGGCAUAUUCUAAUUUGAAUUGUUUAUUUACGAGGUAUGGUGAACCGUCAAAGUUAUCUAAAGAUGCGUUGAAGAAAUAUAAGUCCUUUGCAAAAAUGUUUUCAGAGAAUUUUAUUCCUGAAAUAUUAAAAGUAUAUAUACAGCAGGUAGAACUUUGGAGUGAAGGUAGAAUUUGGAUUAGUCAACGUUGUCUUUGUUUUUUAAGUGCAUUUUUUGAAGAAUGUAUUUUUCCGAAGUCUACUUGGACUUUAAUUAAAGACAAAUAUUUUUAUUUGGUUUCGCAUUUUAUAUUUCCUUUAUUUUGUAUAACUGAUAGUGAUAUUGAGCUAUGGAAUGAUAAUCCUGUCGAAUAUGUUCAUAAAAAUAGCUAUAUGUGCGACAAUUCUUAUUCUCCUGCAAUUUCUGCGACUAAUUUUUUUAUUGCAUUAGUUGAUAAUCGUAAAAAAUCUACUUUUAUGGGAAUUUUGGAAUUUAUAAAUAGUGUUUUAAAUACAUAUCAACAAGCACAAUUUGAAGAAAGGAAUAUUAAAGAAAAAGAAGCUGCAUUGCGGAUGAUUGGAAAUAUAUCACAUAUUAUUUUAGCUAAGAAUAGUCCUAUUAUAAAUAUGAUGGAGGAUUUUCUUGUUGUUCAUGUCUUUCCAGAAUUUUGGAGUCCUUAUGGUUAUUUAAGAGCACGUGCAUGUGAGAUUAUGUCUAAAUUUGCGGAUAUUCAAAUUAAAAACCAAAAUAAUAUUGUACGAGCAUAUGAAGGGAUUAUGACAUGUUUUUAUGAUUCAGAAAUUCCUGUUCGUGUUGAGGCUGCGUGUGCUUUACGGUUUAUGAUUCGAGAUAAAUAUGUGAGAGAAAUGAUAGCUUCUCGUAUUCCUCAAGUAAUACAACAAUUGCUUGAUCUUACAAAUGAAUUGGAUAUCGAUACUCUUACUACUGUAAUGGAGAAAUUUGUUCAGGUUUUUUCUGAAGAACUUGUACCUUUUUCCGUUCAAUUAACGGAACAAUUGAGGGAUACUUUUUUAAGAAUCGUUCAUGAAUCCGAGAAUUAUUUUGCGGAUAAAGAUUCUGAGUUAAUUGAGUAUAAUUAUAUUGAUGAUAAAACUACAACUCUUAUGGGAAUUUUAAAUACACUUGCUACUUUGGUAUGGAAUUUAGAAAAAGCUCCUGAAAUUUUGUCUCAUAUAAUUAAUAUUAUUUUACCUGUUAUAACUAUUACUCUUGAAAUUGAAUUAGUUGAUCUGUAUGCUGAAGUUUUUGAAAUUAUUAAUAAUUGUAUUUUUUCUCUUAAAACGGUUUUUCCUGUAAUGUGGAAUAUAUAUGAAUUGUUGUAUAAGACGUUUAAAAGUUCUGGUAUUGAUUAUACUGAUGAAAUGUUUCCUGUUCUUUAUAAUUAUAUUUUAUAUGGUAAAGAAGAAAUAAUAUCUAAUUCAACAUAUUUAACUAUUAUAUAUGAUAUAAUAGAAACUAUGUUUGCGGCAGAGGAAUUUACUAUUCAGGAUAGAAUACAUGCUUGUAAGCUUAUAGAAUCUGUUUUUUUAAAUUUAAAAGGACAUGUGGAUCAUUAUUUACAUUCUUUUGUUAAAAUAGCUAUGAAUCAGCUUAUAUGUGAUACAUGCAGACUGUCUAACUAUAGAAUACAUCUUAUAGAAAUUGUUAUUAGUGCUAUUUAUUAUAAUCCUUUAAUUACACUUCAAUAUUUAGAAACUUGUGGUUGGAUAGAACAGUUUUUUAAUUAUUGGCUUUCUGAUAUUGAUCGAUUUUCCCGCGUUCAUGAUAAAAAGCUUUCCAUUGUUGCGAUAUGUAGUCUUUUAUCACUGCCAAUCGACCGAAUACCCAAAUCUGUUCAAAAAGAGUUUUCACGUCUUUUUCGAGAACAAUUAAGGUUGUUUCAGACUUUACCUCAGGCUAUAAAGGAUAAUGAAGCUAUUGAAAAGUCUUUUUUGGAUGAUCUUGAAGCUUCGCCAAGGAGUGAAGAUUGGGAUGAUAUAAAUAAUCAAGCAGAUCUUGAAGAUUUUGAUAAAGAUAUAGAAAAAAAUCAUGAUUACUUAAAUUCUUUUUCUCAGGAAGAUUGGUUAACGUCAACUACUGAUGAUGAUGAUUAUUCUCUUGAAGAGCCUUUUCACACCUUGUUAGAUAAAAUUGAUGUUUAUGCAUUGUUUAAAGACUUAAUUAAUGAAAUGCAACAAUAUAAUCAGAUAAUAUAUAAUGAAAUUACGAAAGAUUUGUCUCAAGAAUAUUAUUUAAUUAUUCAAACAGUUAUGAAUCAAGCUUAUGCAUAUACGAUCGAAUCGAAAUAAGAAUAUAUAUUACUGAUGAUAAAAAAUUGCUUUGGGUUGGGAAAA